CCACCAGGCAAUUUUCGAGAUGAAUAUGAUCGACGAUUUUUGCGUAUAUAAACCGUUGAAGAUAUUCUCAAAAAUCGUAGUUCGCAUCGUACAGUUUAACGAGAAACAACUUCUUAAUUCGCCAUGGCAUUCAAAUUCAUCGCUGUGCUCGCCUUCGUGGCCGUAGCUAGUGCCCAACAUCACUAUUCCCAUGGUGGCCAUAACUACGAAGCUGCCCCAGUCUACCACGCAGCUCCAGUACACUAUGCUGCUCCAGCUGUAGUCAAAUCUUCCCCAGUCUACCAUGCUGCCCCAGUUGUCAAGACUGUUGCUGCCCCAGUCUACAAACAUGUUGAAGUUGAACAUGAAGCUCCACCAAAAUACGAUUUCAGCUACUCCGUCCAUGACACCCAAACCGGUGACAUCAAGCAACAACAGGAAAGCCGUGACGGAGAUGUUGUCCAUGGAUCUUACAGCCUCUACGAUGCUGAUGGUCAUCACCGUGUUGUCGAAUACACCGCCGAUGACCACAACGGAUUCAACGCAGUUGUCCGACGUGACCCAACCGACCACAAAGUCGUAGCCGCCCCAGUACACAAAGUCGUUGCACCAGUACACAAAUACGUUGCUGCCCCACAAGUCUACCACGCUGAACCUCAACAAGUCUACCAUCAUCAAGCUCCAGUUGCUCACUACACCGCUCCAGUUGUAGCUAAAGUAGUUGCUCCAGUUGCCCACUACGCCGCUCCAGUAGCUAAAAUCGCUGAAUACAGCCAUGAUGCCGCUCAUGUCUCAUACAACGAUCACUCAUCCAACUACCAUUACUAGGUCAAUGUUUGUUGUUUAGAUAAACGAAACUUAAUUUAUUGAACGGAAUAACAUCCAAUGUAAAUAUACAAGAAAAAAAGUAGAUGAAAUUUUAAAGAAA